AGGGGCGGCAGCCGGGCCCCGCGCCGCUCCGGUGGGGGAGGCGGUGGGACGAUGCGGAGCCCCCUCCCGUGACUCCGGCUCUCCGCCAUGCCAUGGGUUAGGCGGACUCCAUCCCGCAGCCGAGAGGGCACCAGCCAAGAGAGGCGGCGGCAGGAAGCGGCGCGGCCCGGCCGAGGAGCGGCGGCGGGAGGCGGCGACGGCGGGAGGCGGGCGCGGCGCCCCGCGGCCCCUUCCAUGGACGGCGGCGAGGAAUUAUGAGCCGCGGCAGGCGGCCGGGACUGGCGCUCGCCCGCUGGGGCUUCCCCCGCUGAGCGCCCCGGGGCGCCGGGGCUCCGCUCUCGCACGCCCCCCGCCUCGCCCCCCCCCCCCCCCGGCAGCCUCUGCCCCCGUCUACUGCCCGCCCCACCGCUGGCUCCGUCCCCCGUCUCCCCGCUGGGUGCUCGGAGUUAGGAUAAUCUCGCUCGCACCCAAACCACAGCGCUCCCGCGGCUAAUCCUGCCCUUUCCCCUCUCCCUCCACACCCCGCCUCCGGCCCUUCCUCUCCCGGCGCUGCCCUCUCCCCUCCCCGCUCCCCCUGCUCGCCCCCUGGGCCCCGCCGUCCCCGUCCUCCCCGCUGCCCCCGGCGAGCCGGCGGCCGGGCGGGUGGGUGCGAGGUCGGGGCUGCCGGCCACCCCGCCCCUCCCCGGCGGGGCCGUCAUUAGGCUGCCGGUUGAUUACAGGGUAUUGAUUUGUAUGUGCUUCUCCCGGCGCCGGCGGCGGCCGCUCCCGCUGGUGCCGCCGCGGCCGCUGGAGUUAGGGCAGCGCUUCCCGUAGCGGCGCUGAGCUCCCACCAAACAUGUCGGCUCCCGCCGGGCCCCGGGGCGGCCCCGCUCCUCCUCAGCCUCCUCCGGCUCCUCAGCCCGAGAUGCCCGACCUCAGCCACCUCACGGAGGAAGAGCGGAAGAUCAUUCUGGCCGUCAUGGACCGCCAAAAGAAGGAAGAGGAGAAGGAGCAAUCCGUGCUCAAAAAAUUACAUCAGCAGUUUGAAAUGUAUAAGGAGCAAGUGAAGAAGAUGGGUGAAGAAUCACAGCAGCAGCAGGAGCAGAAGGGUGAUGCCCCAACCUGUGGCAUCUGCCACAAAACAAAAUUUGCUGAUGGCUGUGGCCAUAACUGUUCAUAUUGCCAAACGAAAUUCUGCGCGCGCUGUGGAGGAAGAGUGUCUUUACGGUCAAAUAAGGUAAUGUGGGUAUGUAACUUGUGCCGAAAACAACAAGAAAUCCUCACAAAAUCAGGAGCCUGGUUCUACAACAGUGGAUCAAAUGCACCACAACAGCCUGACCAAGAAGGUAUUAGAGCUCUGCGGAACGAGGAAGCGCCUCAAGAAAAGAAAGCAAAGCUGCAGGAGCAUUCGCAGUACCAAGGACCAUCAGGUGACAUAUCCACACAAGUUUUGGACAAAAACAGAUCUCAAGGGCUCACGAGACAAGACUCGAUUAAGAAUGGUUCAGGAGUAAAGCAUCAAGUAACAAGUGACACAACAUCAGACAGGAAAAGAAGCCCAUCAAUAUCAAGAGAACAGAACAGAAGAUACGACCAAAGGGACGAGAGAGACGAAUAUUCACAGUAUGCUACAUCAGACAGUGCGAUGCCCAGGUCACCAUCAGAUUAUUCAGAUAGGCGGUCGCAGCGUGGGCCUCAGUUAUAUGAAGAACCUGAACUGGGUGAUUAUAGAGAUUCCAACAGAAGGAGUCGCAGGCGUUCCAAGGAGUAUCCGGUAGAAGAAGAAGAUGCACAAAACAGGGAAGAAUAUGAAAGGCAGCGGAGGGAAGAGGAAUACCAGGCACGAUACCGAAGUGAUCCUAAUUUGGCUCGUUAUCCAGUCAAGCCACAACCGUAUGAGGAACAAAUGCGUAUCCAUGCUGAAGUGUCCCGAGCACGUCAUGAACGGAGACAUAGUGAUGUCUCAUUGGCAAACACUGAGUUGGAAGAUUCUCGGAUGUCUAUGCUGAGGAUGGAACGACCGUCAAGACAAAGAUCAGUGUCUGAGCGCAGGGCUGCCAUGGAAAAUCAACGUUCAUACUCUAUGGAAAGAACUCGAGAGGCUCAGGGACCAAGUCCCAACCGUCAGAGGACCACAAAUCAUAGCCCUCCUACACCUAGGAGGAGUCCAAUUCCUCUGGAAAGACCAGACAUGAGGCGCUCUGAUUCAUUAAGGAAACAACACCAUUUGGAUCCCAAUUCUGCUGUACGGAAAACAAAACGUGAAAAGAUGGAGACCAUGUUACGGAAUGAUUCACUCAGCUCAGACCAGUCUGAAUCUGUCAGACCUCCACCACCAAAGCCUCAUAAAACGAAAAAGGGAGGUAAAAUGCGCCAGGUUUCAUUAAGCAGCUCAGAAGAAGAAUUGGCGUCCACUCCAGAGUAUACGAGUUGUGAUGAUGUAGAGAUUGAAAGUGAAAGUGUUAGUGAAAAAGGGGACAGUCAAAGGGGAAAAAGAAAAACUAGUGAGCAGGCAGUUUUGUCGGAUUCUAACACCUUAUCCGAGAGGCAAAAGAAAAUGGUGUGCUUUGGUGGCCACUCUUUGGAAGAGGACUUGGAAUGGUCUGAGCCUCAGAUAAAAGACUCUGGGGUAGAUACGUGUAGUAGCACAACUCUAAACGAGGAACAUAGCCAUAGCGAGAAGCAUCCAGUAACAUGGCAACCAUCCAAAGAUGGAGACCGUCUCAUUGGUCGGAUUUUAUUAAAUAAACGACUGAAAGAUGGAAGUGUGCCUAGAGACUCAGGAGCAAUGCUUGGAUUGAAGGUAGUAGGAGGAAAGAUGACUGAAUCAGGUCGACUCUGCGCAUUUAUCACCAAAGUUAAAAAAGGAAGCUUAGCAGAUACAGUGGGGCAUCUUAGACCGGGUGAUGAAGUAUUAGAAUGGAAUGGAAGGCUACUACAAGGAGCCACCUUUGAGGAGGUAUAUAACAUCAUUUUAGAAUCCAAACCUGAGCCACAAGUGGAGCUUGUCGUUUCAAGACCAAUAGGGGACAUUCCCAGAAUACCUGACAGCACACAUGCACAGCUGGAGUCCAGUUCUAGUUCAUUUGAAUCCCAAAAAAUGGACCGACCUUCUAUUUCAGUGACUUCUCCUAUGAGUCCUGGCAUGUUAAGGGAUGUUCCACAGUUCUUGUCUGGACAACUUUCAAGCCAAAGCCUUAGUAGAAGAACAACGCCUUUUGUUCCUAGGGUUCAGAUAAAACUGUGGUAUGACAAGGUUGGUCAUCAGUUAAUAGUGACAAUAUUGGGAGCAAAGGAUCUUCCUUCAAGGGAAGAUGGGAGGCCAAGGAAUCCUUAUGUUAAAAUUUACUUUCUUCCAGACAGAAGUGAUAAAAAUAAAAGAAGAACAAAAACAGUAAAGAAAACAUUGGAACCUAAGUGGAACCAGACAUUCAUUUAUUCUCCAGUUCAUCGGAGAGAGUUUAGAGAACGAAUGUUAGAAAUUACUCUUUGGGACCAAGCACGAGUUCGAGAGGAAGAAAGUGAAUUUUUAGGAGAGAUUCUUAUUGAGUUAGAGACAGCACUACUAGAUGAUGAACCUCAUUGGUACAAACUUCAAACGCAUGAUGUCUCUUCAUUGCCACUUCCCCAUCCCUCACCGUAUUUGCCACGCAGACAACUCCAUGGCGAGAGUCCCACAAGGAGGUUACAAAAUAAAGGCUUAUAUUCAUAUAAUUCAGGGUCCAAAAGAAUCAGCGACAGUGAAGUCUCUGAUUAUGACUGUGAUGAUGGAAUUGGUGUUGUUUCAGAUUAUCGACACAAUGGGAGAGAUCUUCAAAGUUCAACGCUAUCAGUGCCAGAACAAGUUAUGUCAUCUAAUCAUUGCUCUCGAUCAGGGUCCCCUCACCGUGGAGAUAGUAUAGGACGGACUAGAUCGUGGUCUCCCAGUGUCCCUCCCCCGCAAAGUCGGAAUGUGGAUCAGGGACCACGAGGGACUCGAUCUACUCCUGCGCAUUACAAUACCCUGAACCGAAUGGAUAGACACCGUGUAAUAGAUGACCACUACUCCCCGGACAGAGAGAGGAGGACUAGGCAGGAGAGAAGAGUGCCUAAUUCAUAUUAUGACGACACAACCUAUACUCCUGAAAGGUGGUACAAUGGUGCAAGUUCAUGGGCAGAUCAUGUAGUCAAUGGUUCAGCUGAAAGUUAUGGGAAUUGUGAAGCAGCAGAUAGACAGCCAUAUCAAAGAUCCAGAUCAACAGAGCAACGUCCUAUGCUAGAGCGGACCAACUCCCGCUCCCGAUCCACAGAGCGUCCUGACUCAAACCUCAUCAGGUCGAUGCCUUCAUUAAUGACUGGAAGAUCUGCCCCUCCUUCACCUGCCUUAUCGAGGUCACAUCCUCGAACUGGGUCUGUUCAGACAAGUCCAUCAAGUACUCCAGUAGUAGGGCGAAGGGGCAGGCAGUUACCGCAGCUCCCACCAAAGGGGACGUUGGAGAGAAAUAAUGGAGACAAGGAGAUAGAAUCUUAUGAAGCAGGAGAUGAAGAAAACAAGCGUACUGGAGUUCAGGAAUCAGAGGUCGAGGCAGAUAAUGAGGAAAAACAUCAAACCCCACCUGUUAAUGGGCGAAAAGAAGUUACAUGGGAAGACCAGCAGAAAAAGGUGAAUGGUACAAUAACUGAUGACAAACCAUUGCCGAAAAAGAAACACCAUUCUGAGCCAGAAGAAGCGGAAUCUUCAAGGAGAAGAAACUCAGAAGAAAAGAAAGCAGAUCCAGAGAAUGGGGAUACAGGUGCAAUGGAUGUAGAAGAGAGGAAUCGCCAAAUGAAAAUGAGCAAGUACAAACAGGUAGCAGGAUCAGAUUCCAGGCUGGAACAAGAUUAUCAUUCUAAGUAUCGGUCAGGACGGGAUCCUCAGCGAGGCUCAGACAAUGUUUCCAAUAAGUCUUCAGACAGCGAUGUCAGUGAUGUCUCAGCUGUGUCACGGACAAGCAGUGCUUCACGUUUCAGCAGCACAAGUUACAUGUCUGUCCAGUCAGAGCGACCAAGAGGAAACAAGAAAAUAAGUGUCUUUACAUCCAAAAUGCAAAGCAGACAGAUGGGCGCCUCAGGAAAGAACAUGACCAAGAGCACCAGCAUCGGCGGGGACAUGUACACACUGGAGAAGAAUGAUGGCAGCCAGUCGGACACGGCAGUGGGCACUGUUGGCGGUGGCAGCAAAAAGAGACGCUCCAGCAUCGGUGCAAAGAUGGUCGCCAUCGUGGGUCUCUCGCGAAAAAGCCGUAGCACGUCACAACUCAGCCAAACUGAAGCAGGGGGCAAGAAGCUGCGGAGCACCGUCCAGAGGAGCACUGAGACAGGGCUGGCUGUGGAGAUGAGGAACUGGAUGACCCGUCAGGCCAGCCGGGAGUCGACAGAUGGGAGCAUGAACAGCUACAGCUCUGAGGGAAAUUUGAUUUUCCCUGGUGUGAGGUUGGCUGCAGACAGCCAGUUCAGUGACUUUCUGGAUGGACUUGGUCCUGCCCAGCUUGUGGGACGACAGACUUUGGCAACACCAUCAAUGGGAGAUAUACAGGUGGGAAUGAUGGACAAGAAAGGACAACUGGAAGUAGAAAUAAUCCGAGCCCGUGGCCUUGUUGUAAAACCAGGUUCAAAGACACUGCCAGCACCAUAUGUAAAGGUGUAUCUAUUAGAAAAUGGAGUCUGCAUAGCCAAAAAGAAAACAAAGGUAGCAAGAAAAACGCUGGAACCACUUUAUCAGCAACUUCUAUCAUUCGAAGAAAGUCCCCAAGGAAAAGUUUUACAGAUAAUUGUUUGGGGAGACUAUGGACGUAUGGAUCACAAAUCCUUUAUGGGAGUGGCACAGAUACUUUUAGAUGAACUGGACCUGUCCAACAUGGUGAUUGGGUGGUUCAAACUCUUCCCUCCUUCUUCCCUAGUAGACCCAACUUUAGCUCCUCUGACUAGAAGAGCUUCCCAAUCAUCUCUUGAAAGUUCAACAGGACCUUCGUAUGCUCGCUCAUAGCAGCUGUGAAACUGUUGUCAUAGCAACCAGCGUUACAAAAAAAAUAAAAUUACAGGUCGCAAACCCUGGUAACACUGCAUGCUUAAUGUUGUGUCUUCUGAGCCUGUUUCUAGGGCUGCAACGCGAUCCUGUGUUCUCAAGGAAGUUGCACACAUUGUGCCCUACGGAAGGCCCUCAGGUGAAGGACUGAAGUCAUGAAGAACUGAUAGGUUUGGAGUUCAGGGACACUCAGUUUUGGUCCAAUCUGAAGCCAUGGACUAAACUAAAGGAAUCAAUCUGUUUCAUGCAACAAAAGUCCUUUUCAAUGGCAUAUCUGUUUUGUUGCUCCCGUUUCUUUAUUUAUGUGCCCUCCCCUCCUAAAGCUUGGUUAUGCCACAGAAAUGGAGUUACGCUCCCAUGAAGCCAUGUUACAAGUCAGUGGAUUAGCAGACAUUGGAAGAAAAGAAGAAUAUAAGGAUGCUGGAAGAGUCAGCUGUCACUCGAAACAGUUUGCUUGAGAUCCGAAAACUCUUCAUACUGAAACAGUUCAAGACUUAAAGUGGUGGGCUUCAUACCUCCAGCUAUAGAUACAGUGAAACCCCAGAUGUGAUGGACUAUCUGAAAAAUAAAAUUCUGUGGAUAUACUGUACUGUAUGAAAUUAAAGAAACUUUUUUGCAUGGACACAGAUUUAGCUGAACACUUAAAUUAUUUUCUUGGGGCUGCAACUUGCAAAAAAAAAAAAGAAUAAAUCAGCCAUUUUCAACAAUUUAUAUUAUUUUUAAAAAUAAAUUUCACUAGUGCAUGGUUUUAAAGGGAAGAGAAUGCAACAGGGUGAUACAAAGACACACCACGUUUAUCAUUCUUUAAACCAGUCAUGGUCUGUAUUUUUGCAGACGUAUAUUAAAAAUAAAAAAUAAUUUCUAGCAAAUAUUUAAAAUUCUGUUUAUGUGACAAGAAAUAAGUGUAAUAUAUUAAAUUUAUUUAAAUGUAAAAGGUACAAGCCUUGUAAAGUUCAACAUAAUGUGCAAAUUGUACACUUCUUUUACCUCCUCCUUUCUCUAUCUCUCCUCCCAGUCUCCCUUCUUCCUUUUGCUCUUUUUCCCCUCUACCUCCCAGGAUGAUCAUCAUAUUCUAAAAUGGCUACCUUUUGACUUAGUACUCUCUUAUGCCCCAUAUUUGGUUCAGGGUUGCAGAUUGUUCUGCAUUUCUGAAUUAUUUGAGAAAAAUAUUGUUUAAGAACUUACUUUUUUUCAAGCAUGUUGAAAAGGAUUUUGCAACAUGGCUUGGGAGUACAUUAAUGUAAUUCAGCAUGUAUUUGAUAAAGAAGAUAUUUGAACUUUUUGCAAUUUAUUGUACAGUGCAUGGUAACUUAUUUUCAUUUUUUCUCACCUUCAAAUUGAAUUCUACAGCAAAAUACUGGAAUCAUGUGGCCAUUGUAAGAUGUCUUCAAUAAAUUUGUUUUCAGCACCAGCAUCUUUCAUUCAAAGGUUGAACUAUCAUUUCUUGAAGGUUUUUGGAAAGAUGAAAAAUAAAGUACCUGGUUGAUUUUUAGGAAAUAAAUUUAAACACUUUUAUUUGCACUAAACCAAAUUAAUUACUACAUUUCUGAGAUUACAAAAGUGACAAAGGUUACUAAUUCAUACAGUUCUUCUGCUGUAAAGUUCAAUUUUCAUACACUACAUUUGUGUUGCAAAAAACAUAAUUAGGUAAUAUCAGUCUUGAAAAUAUCAGUCUUUGGUUCGUAAAAUAGCCUUAAAGAAAGCUUAUCAGUACCACUCGGACAGCUAUUUGACACCAUUACCAGAACCCUCACUGCAGUCAAUGGCUCUUCAAAAACCUGUUUUUUGUAGCAGACAGUAACUACCGUUGGGUGGUGCUGCAAGUUCAAGCUUCUCAUUAAAUUACAUUAUUUAAAGAGAAUGUAACUGGCUAACAUUUAAUAACAAAAUAUCAUUUUUUCUGGGUCUUUGUAUGCCUUUAAUACCUAUUUAAGGUUUAAUACUGAAACCUUGCAAUAAUUUUUGAAAUAUACAUUGCAUUUACCUUUAAGGCCACACAAUUACUCUGAUUUUAUUUGAAAAUCUAUUGAAGUUUCCCAUUAAGAAAUUGUACAUGCCUCAUAAGAGGGCAAAAGUAAUAACAGUAUCACUUAAAAUGCCUUUUACUUUGUGCAAUAUCAUAUAAAUCAAGAUUGUGUCUUGUCUUCAGAGUUUAUAUAAUGGAUUAUUGUUAAGUUAAUGGACGGACUGGUAAAAUUAUAUUUAUGGAAGUAAUUUAGACACCUGUCUACCAGCAGCGAAUAAAUGCUACUAACAUGCAGUCUACAAUAUCCCCUAGGAUAUUAAACAAAAAUACAUAACCAUUUUCCUGAUACUGUGAGAUGUGCUCACACAUUCUUGUAUGCAUAGUCCUAUAUAAAUUAUUUCAAAUUUUAAAAUCAAGGACAUGACGCAUGGAAGGUUUGUACAUACUUGUCAUUAUGCAGUAUUUAUUUUAAAAAAAAUUACUGUAUUUUUUUUAAUUUUCACACAUCUGCAACUCUACUUAUGGUUUAGUCAUGUAAAUAGCACUAUUCCAGUGAUCACUGCUGUCUUGUACAUAGUCCGUUUUAAAAAGUUAAAAGGAAUUACAGUUGGGAAAAAAAAAGGGGGCAGAUUAGGCCUGUAAUGAACACCAACUAAUGUAAAUCAAACUCAUUCUGGUGAUGGUAUUUAACACUUUAAAUAAAACAUUUU